CAGACCCAAGGAGCCCCACAGAUGGAAACGCAGGCCUCGGACGGCUCCUUCUUGGGCCAAGUCGGCUUCUGGGUGGACAGGACGCCCGUCCACGAGGCAGCCCAGCAGGGCCAAACCUUGCAGCUGCAGCGUCUGAUAGAGGACGGGGCUUGCGUGAACCUGGUCACUGUGGACUCCAUCACGCCUCUGCACGAGGCCAGCCUGCGGGGCCAGACCCAGUGUGUGAAGCUGCUGCUCGCAGCCGGAGCUCAGGUGGACGCCCGGAACAUCGACGGCAGCACCCCGCUCUGCGACGCCUGUGCCUCGGGCAGCAUCGAGUGUGUGAAGGUGCUGCUGGCUCACGGGGCCAAGGUCAACCCGCCCCUGUACACCGCCUCCCCGCUGCAUGAGGCCUGCAUGAGCGGAAGUUCGGAGUGUGUGAGGCUCCUCAUAGACGUCGGUGCCAACCUGGAAGCCCACGACUGCCACUUUGGGACCCCCCUGCACGUGGCCUGUGCCCGGGAGCACCUGGACUGCGUGAAGGUGUUGCUCAAAGCAGGGGCUAAUGUGAACGCGGCAAAACUGCAUGAGACGGCCCUGCACCACGCAGCCAAGGUGAAGAACGUGGAUUUGAUUGAGAUGCUCAUCGAGUUCGGAGGCAACAUCUAUGCCAGGGACAACCGAGGGAAGAAGCCUUCCGACUAUACCUGGAGCAGCAGCCCGCCCGCAAAAUGCUUCGAGCACUAUGAGAAGACACCCCUGAGCCUGGCGCAGCUCUGCAGAGUCAGCCUGAGGAGAGCCACAGGCGUUCGCGGGCUGGACAAGAUCACCAAGCUGAACAUCCCCCCGAGGCUCAUCCACUACCUCUCAUACGACUGAGCCAGGGAGGAGAGGGCAAGGGGGCAAGGUCGGCAGCACCCGCCCUACAUCUGCUUUCUCCUUCCCGGCCCCCAGGCUCAGGCAGGACGGUGACUCUGGUGCACGCGUGGCAUAACUGUGGGACAAAGGACCACGCUCCCAUCCCUCUGCCCUCUGAUCAGGGAAAUAAUUUCCAAGGCAAUAAGAAGGUAUGAACUCUUAGCUCCCAAGCUCAGGUCUGGUUAGCCAGUGCUAUUUAUCGGGAGAAGCUUUGAGACCCUUGCCCGGUCCAGACCCUGCAGGUGCAAAGGGGAGUCGCUCUUCUGGGCCAGGCCUGGCUCCCUUAGGGUCCUUUACUGAAGAGACUUUCGGUCCAGAAGAGCGGGACUCGGGGUGGGCAGACAGGGCCCGUGGAGCCCUCAGGACCCUCUUUUUGGCCCCAGAGAGAGCUCAGAGAGACCAGGCUGCAGCCUGCGCCAUUCCUUCUGCACCAACUCCGCCUAUUGUUUGGGCCUUCUCACCUGCUGGGGGCUAGGGCUGGGGCCAAAGGCAAGGAUGGCAACGGGUUUGGAGGUUUGGCCAUUUUUUGGCUUCCAACAGCCCUCUGGGUUUCCUCAUGUGUCAGCCUAGGGGACACUUGCAGGCAGGGUCCGCCUGGGCCAAACUGGUGGCCAGUGUUCUAUGGAAGGACAGCUGGCUAUUCAGGCUUCCCUGAGGGCGGUCUGUUGUCCUCAGGUAUUGUUUACCAGGAGAGUCCUUCAUCAGGCCUCUAGUUCAGGGUUGGAAAUCCUCAGCACACAAGCCAGAAAGCACUGACUGACACUGUACCCUCUGGCCACAGCUGGAGACAUUGGAGCCCCACUGUCUGCCCCCGCCUCAGGUGGCAGGGGAGUCAGGGACAACAACGGCAAGGCUUUCUGGACCUGCGGCCACGGCCCCCUGUACCCAGAAGCAUCAAGGAAGGCUGUAGGUCCGUCUGGGAACCUGGGGGUCCCCUUCUAGGGCCGAACAUACCGGUUCUCGUGAGUCACCUAGCAGAGAGCUAGGAAUAAGACUGAAUCGUGCUUGAAGUAUUCUUGUAAAAAUGUGAAGGUAGGGAUGCAUUUUACCAUUUUAAAGCCUGAGUAGCCCUUAGCACUUUUAAACUUAAAUUGCAUUUUGGGCUGCUCUCUAGAGCUCUUGGACUUACUGACUCGUCAGUCAGGACUUUCGAGCUAGUAGUGUCUCUGAGAAGAGCCUCACUAAACUCCCCCAGCAGAGGCUGCUGGUGACCACUCAGUGGAAUCAGAGCUGGCCGUCCGCCGGAAAGUGGCUGCGCCGUCCUUCGACCAGGACGAAGAGUGUUUCUGCUCCAAGAGCGUCUGAAUACGAGCUCUGAAUUGUAAGUGAGGAAAAAAACCCAAAACACUAAAACUGGUAUGCUAAGCCACCUGUGCCGGCUUCUCUGGGAUUGAGAUUUAAAUAAUAAUAAUAAUAAAAAAAACGGUGGUGGGGUGUGGAGGGGUGCCCAGGGAGAGGCUUACCUGAUAGAGGUCCCCACAUUAUAGAGGAAUUGAGAUUGGAACAACCAGGAGCUUCAGUAGAAAGAGUACAGGCUUUGGAG